UUUAAACAACUUGUUUAUUGAAUAUAUUUGUUUAACUAAACAGACAUAUCUACAGAUACAUUUUGUGUUAAUAUUUAUUAAUGCUACUUUUUCCAGGCAUGUCACUUUUCAUAGUUUUACCUUCAGACCAUGAACCUCUCUGUUGCUCCUGAAUAUGAAAACCUCAGCCUGUCGCUUCAGAAUGGGGUGCAACGGGACAGCUUCAGUGCUGCUCUCACCAAAAACAUAAUGGCCAUGCUUGUGUGGCUGGCCCUCAGCAUCAUCAACGGCAGCAUGGUGUCCACCUUUCUCAAACACAGAUUCUUCUAUGAGGACCCACGAUACAUCAUGUUUAUUUGUAUGGUUGUCAACGAUGCAGUUCAGCUGACACUGGUCACUGGCCUUUAUGUGGUAAGCUAUGCCUUCUCCAAGAUCUUAGCCUCAGCCUGUUGCCUGCUCAUCAUGACAGCUGUGCUGACGACACGCGCCACCCCCCUCAUCCUCGCUGGCAUGGCCAUCGAACGCUAUGUCUCCAUCUGCUUUCCCCUCCACUAUGCCCACAUGUGCACCAUUCACCGCACCCUCUGGCUCGUGGGGAUCAUCCUGGUCCUGAGUGCUGUGCCUCCAUUCACAGACCUCUUUAUUACCUUGGCCAAAGAGCCUGCCUCCUUCUUUCAAACAUCUAUUUUUUGCGACCACUCGCUACUUUUCAGAGACCGCUCCAUCUACUACAAAAACUGUGCCUUCGAUAGCGUCUACUUCUCCUUCGUCUUCCUGGCGCUGAUCUACACCUACUGCAAGAUCAUGCUGGCUGCCAGGGCGGCCUCUACAGAUCUCACAUCGGUGAAGAAAGCCCGAAACACUGUGUUGCUUCACGGUGUUCAGCUGCUGCUCUGCAUGCUGGCCUUUGUAGUGCCCUCCAUGCAGGCACCUCUCAUUCAGCUGUUCCCGAAGUACAGCCUGGAGAUCCGCUACGUCAACUUUCUGCUUGUCUACAUCAUCCCACGCUUCCUGAGCCCUAUGAUCUAUGGGUUCAGAGACGAGAAAUUCAGAAAGUACUGGAACAAGUAUCUUAUCCACAGGGUGAGGAGAGUAAAGCCAGAUGAGCACCUGCCACAUAAACCAAAGUAAAUUUCAAAUUAACACCUUGACAAAAUAUGCCCUGUAUACAGAUAAACUGUGCAAAAAAGAGAGAAAAAAUAGAACCAUAAUUCUCCUUUUUGUUGCUAAUAUAUAUAUAUCUGAGUAAUUCAGGGAUAAAUAAGUCAUCCACAGUGUGGUUAGGUGCGAGUUUUAUAUGAUUGUUUUUGAUUAUUGUAAAAGACUGUCCUAUUGUUUGUCAAAACUAAGGUUAAACAGUGUCUUAGACCAUGUAGUCAUAUUCAUUUGGACUAAUAUUUUCUUUUAGAAUUGUUGAAGAAAUCUGAUUCCCCACAACUGUGAAAAACAAAGUUUCUAAUAUUCUCUUUACUCUCAAUUACUGAAUUAUGCAAAAAUGGAAACCUUAGUUUAUCAAACUAAGCUAUCGAGCUAUCGAAGGACAGUAUAAAAAGUUAGGCUUGCUGCGUAACAUUGCUUACACUCCAUAUUGUGCAAUAAUGUGAGUUUGUAAAACUGUUUUUACCCUUAGGUUUUAAAUAAAUGUGAUAUUGCCUAAAUUGUUUUGCAUUUAAAAACAAAGAUCUAGUGUGAAUAUUAUCUAAAAUUAUAGUAGCAUUUUCUUCUCUAGCGUCUCCAGUGAUAGACAGCAAAAAAAAAGUUAUUGUACUAAGAGAAUUAUAUACUAGGAUGAUCAUAUAUUAGAAAACAAAUUUAGGCUUUUCUUAAUUUGUCAUCCUAUAUGCAUUUAUUUACCAUUCUAAACAUGACAUACUUUAUAAUAUUAU